AUCAUCCAACCAAAGUUGAGAUUAUCGCAACCCAUCCAUGGUGAGUGGGGUAGCUUUGCCAAGGGUAGGGGGCUUGUAAUAUUCAGCCAUGUUUAGUACGAUAAGUUCGAAAACGACUUCUAGAAGUGAAGGAAUUGUUUCCCUCUGAAAUGAAUGUAUUGUUAAUUUCCAAAAAAAAAAAAAGUCGAAGACAAUGGUCUCUUAAACAUGUCCUUUCCCUCCUGUCCUUCACCAGGCAGAAAAAAGAGAGGUCCACAUUUUUAAUCCGUUCCGUUCUGUCCUGGAACUUUCCUCUCCUUCCUCUCCUGAUAAGAACAAGGGUCGUCUCUAAGUCAAGUUGCUAACGCGUCUACCGACUGUCCUGGGGCUUGCUUUAGUAAUGACUAGGUACUUUCCAUGAGACCAUGAUAAUCUUAAUUGCUCAGAAACUAGGCUGAUGAUCAACGAACAUGUCACUGAGCAGCAUCUAGAAGCUCUAACGCUGCUUAAACUUCCUAACACGAGGAUUGGAAAUUUCCCAUUUCUUCAUUUUGAAGUCGGUUUCUCUCAACAUAGUUUAAUUGCUAAGAAAUCUCUUGCAGAUCAUCCCAUUCUUCCUUGAGUUGACCUUUUAUAAUGGAUUUUUUUUUCCUGCUGUUGACUUUUAUGCUUGCUUGCAUUAUAUAAAUAUAGUAAUUCUGGUAGUUGACGCUAACAACUGGAAGGAAGUUUAAACAUGUUGGGUCGGAAUCCUUCUAUCAGGGCAUGUUUUCCUGAAAGAUUCUCCGAUUCAAACUUCGAUGACAGCGGACAAAACUCCAGGCGAAGCUACGCUACAUCAUCUGCAACUGCAACUCCAAGUGAGAGCCAGCCUAAUUCCAGCCGGGCUGCCUUGAAGCCUUUGAAACUUGUUAACAAUGCCUCUAAACUCCCACUCCCAGAACAUGCAAGUGCUCGACUGGUCUCACAGCAGACUAAUGCUACUAAUCACCACCACAACAAUAAGGAUGCUAAUGCUGCAACUCCUGUUCAAGUGGUUGACAAAUUUAUACCAGCCCCUUCUCUUGCAACUCCCCCAGCCUCUACAUUACCAAGUUCGGUUCCUACAAUUGCGAACGUUAACAGGAAUUCUACACGGCUUACCUUGUAUGCACCUUUAUAUCAAGCUACACUGAAAGGUGAUUGGGGAAAAGCUAAAGAGUUCCUGAACAUGCAUCCGGGUGCUGCAAAUGUCAGGAUAACCAAGGGAUGGGAAACAGCUCUUCACAUUGCUGCAGGGGCCCGGCACAUUGCUUUCGUGGAGGAGCUGGUCAAAUUGACGGGUGUGGCAGAUUUAGAACGAAGGAACAAGUACAAUAACACAGCGCUUUGUGUUGCUGCUGCAUCAGGUAUUACUAGGAUUGCAGAGGUGAUGGUGAAAAAGAACAAAUGUUUGCCACGAAUAAGGGGGAACAAGGGAGUUACACCACUCUACAUUGCCGCACUGUUUGGCCACAGAGACAUGGUUUGGUAUCUCUACAAGGUGACUGCUGCUGAGGAUCUAACUCAAGAGGAUUACAUCGGACUGCUUAUUGCCACCAUCACUACUGAUUUAUUUGAUGUAGCUCUCUGCUUAAUUCAGCACCAUCCAGAAUUGGCUACUCUGCGUGAUUCAAAUGGGGAGACAGCACUUCAUGUUUUAGCUCGAAAGCCUUCAGCGUUUGCCAGCAGAAGUGAGCUAGGAACCUGGGAAAAGUUUAUCUACCCCUGGAUCUAUGUGGAACCACUAGUUAAAUCUAGUUGCCCAUCAGGCAUGUCAAAAUGCUGCUGCGACCAUACAAAUCAAGUGUUUAUCGGCUUAGCUGGAAAACUUAGGCACUCAAUAGAGAAAACAAUCCCAGGACAUAAAGCCAUUUACAAGAAGAAGUUAUUGCAUAUGCAAGCCAUUGUCCUUGUGGAGCUGUUAUGGGGACAAAUUCUAUCCUUAGAAGACUCACAAAUUACAGAUAUACUAAGAAGCCCUUCACAGGUUUUAUUUAUUGCAGCAGAGUUUGGAGUUGUUGAGCUCAUAACUGAGCUUAUUCAGUCUUACCCUGAUUUGAUAUGGCGAGUUGAUGAGCAUAGCCGUAGCAUUUUUCAUAUGGCAGUCAUUCAUCGCCAAGAAAAGAUUUUUAGACUUAUCCACGAUAUAGGAGCACUCAAGGAUAUGAUUGCUGCUUACAAAGACAAAAACAAUCACUGCAUUCUGCAUUUGGCUGGAAAGAUAGCACCUCCAAAUAGACUUAAUAUUGUAUCUGGUGCAGCUCUUCAAAUGCAAAGAGAACUACUUUGGUUUAAGGAAGUAGAGAAGAAUGUACAACCCUUAUACAAGGAAAUGAGAGACAUUAAUGGUAGAACACCUCGAAUGUUAUUCACAGAAGAGCACGCAAAAUUGGUCAAGGAAGGAGAGAAGUGGAUGAAGAGCACUGCUUCAUCGUGCAUGCUUGUUGCUACACUAAUCACUACUGUAAUGUUUGCUGCUAUCUUUACUGUACCAGGAGGCAAUGACAAUGAGAAAGGCACUCCCCUAUUUUUAGAAGCUAAAUCUUUCAUAAUUUUUGCUAUAUCAGAUGCAUUGGCAUUGUUCUCUUCAGUCACCUCUAUCUUAAUGUUCUUGUCAAUCCUCACUUCACGUUACGCAGAAGAAGAUUUCCUUAGGUUACUCCCACAGAGACUGAUUGUUGGCCUUGCUACCCUUUUUUUAUCCAUAGCAGCAAUGCUUGUAGCAUUUGGUGCAACCUUUUGCAUUGUCCUUAGCCAAAGACUGGCAUGGAUUGCUGUCCCAGCAGCUUUAAUUGCUUGUAUUCCUGUAACCUUAUUUGCCUUCUUACAGUUCCCACUCCUUGUUGAUAUGAUCCAAUCUUCAAAUGGUGCUGGUAUUUUUUCCUGAAUCAGUAAAUAUAUGCUUUCUCAGUUUGGCACAAAAUUCACUUUA